GCCUGUUUUUUUUUUCUCUUUACCCCUUGAUCAUGGAGCUGUCCCCUGCCUCCUCCUUUUCCUCCUCUCAUUUUCCUCCAAGUUCCUUUGAAGUCACAAACUGCCAUCCUUAUCCAUGAAGCUGGGCCUGGAGGGAGAGGAGGACUCUCGCCCUCUUCCCUGCUGCUCUGAGCAGCAGGAUGGACUGCUGGGGAGUGGUGGGGAUGUGGACCUUCUGUGGGUCUCUUUAUAAGUCUGUGGUGGUCCAUGCUGGGACCAUCCUAGGGGCUUCUGGGAGUAGGGAGAAGCCAAGAGUGGAGUUCAUUCUGUGUAUGGGGGAAGCCCCCGAACCCUGGCUCAGCAUGAGCCAGACCCUCUGCAGGGAAGGAGGGGUGUAGUCCCUCCUUCCUGCAGGAGAAAGAGGAGUCGGGAGAGCGGUUUCUGUUUAACACAGGGAGAAGAGAGAGAGUGGGGACAUGCCUGGCCUGGAGCUGGGCCAGCCAUAUAACUAAUUUGUGGUGCAGUGCGGGCGAGGGGAGCUGUCUGCUGUGACACCAAAUUAGCCCUGGAGUGACUUUCUUUCCCAUUUCCUAAGCCCAGGGGGCUGGUGAAACUUAGGAGUGGGAUCCCAGCCUCAGGCCACUGCUGCUCCACCCCUUUCCCUUAGCAAAGGUCCCCGGGUUGGGCUCUACCAACCCCUUUUUGGGGAGGCAGCAGCUCUUUGGGUCUGGGGAGUGAAGGAUGGAGGCAGAGCCCUCAGCAUCCAGAGAUGCUUCCAGGACAGCUACUGGCUCCUGACCUUGAGGCCCCCUUACUCCAGGGCCUCCCCUCCCACCUCUGCGUGCUGUUUAGCCCCACACGGUGCCUGUGUCUCCCCUCAACGCCCCCUCUAGGAAGCCGGUGAACAUGACCAAGGCCACCGUCAACUACCGCCAGGAGAAGACGCACAUGAUGAGCGCCGUGGACCGCAGCUUCACAGACCAGAGCACGCUGCAGGAGGAUGAGCGGCUGGGACUGUCCUUCAUGGACACCCAUGGCUACAGCUCCCGGGGAGACCAGCGCAGCGGUGGGGUCACUGAGGCCAGCAGCCUCCUGGGGGGCUCCCCGAGGCGUCCCUGUGGCCGGAAGGGCUCCCCAUACCACACGGGGCAGCUGCACCCCGCGGUGCGUGUGGCGGACCUUCUGCAGCACAUCAACCAGAUGAAGACAGCUGAGGGCUACGGCUUCAAGCAGGAGUAUGAGAGCUUCUUUGAAGGCUGGGAUGCCACAAAGAAGAAAGACAAGCUCAAGGGCAGCCGCCAGGAGCCAAUGCCUGCCUAUGAUAGGCACCGAGUGAAACUGCACCCGAUGCUGGGAGACCCCAACGCCGACUACAUUAAUGCCAACUACAUAGAUAUUCGGAUAAACCGAGAAGGUUACCACAGGUCAAACCACUUCAUAGCCACUCAAGGGCCGAAGCCCGAGAUGGUCUAUGACUUCUGGCGCAUGGUGUGGCAGGAGCACUGUUCCAGCAUCGUCAUGAUCACCAAGCUGGUCGAGGUGGGCAGGGUGAAGUGCUCACGGUAUUGGCCAGAGGACUCAGACACCUAUGGGGACAUCAAGAUUACGCUGGUGAAGACGGAGACCCUGGCUGAGUAUGUCGUGCGCACUUUUGCCCUGGAGCGGAGAGGCUAUUCUGCCCGGCAUGAGGUCCGCCAGUUCCACUUCACAGCGUGGCCAGAGCAUGGCGUCCCCUACCACGCCACGGGGCUGCUGGCUUUUAUCCGGCGCGUGAAGGCCUCCACCCCACCUGAUGCCGGGCCCGUUGUCAUCCACUGCAGUCCCGGGCUUCCUCCCCAAGGCUCUGACGUGGCCCGGGGCUGCUCUUUCUCCAGCGCGGGCACCGGCCGCACAGGUUGCUACAUCGUCCUGGAUGUAAUGCUGGACAUGGCAGAGUGUGAAGGUGUUGUGGACAUUUACAACUGCGUGAAGACCCUCUGCUCCCGGCGUGUCAACAUGAUCCAGACUGAGGAGCAGUACAUCUUCAUUCACGAUGCAAUCCUGGAGGCCUGCCUAUGUGGGGAGACCACCAUCCCUGUCAGUGAGUUCAAGGCCACUUACAAGGAGAUGAUCCGCAUUGAUCCUCAGAGUAAUUCCUCCCAACUACGGGAAGAGUUCCAGACGCUGAACUCGGUCACCCCACCACUGGACGUGGAGGAAUGCAGCAUCGCCCUGCUGCCCCGGAACCGUGACAAGAACCGCAGCAUGGACGUCCUGCCGCCCGACCGCUGCCUGCCCUUCCUCAUCUCCACUGAUGGGGACCCCAACAACUACAUUAAUGCGGCCCUGACUGAUAGCUAUACGCGGAGUGCGGCCUUCAUCGUGACCCUGCACCCGCUGCAGAGCACCACGCCCGACUUCUGGCGGCUGGUCUACGACUACGGCUGCACCUCCAUCGUCAUGCUUAACCAGCUGAACCAGUCCAACUCCGCCUGGCCGUGCCUGCAGUACUGGCCGGAGCCAGGCCGGCAGCAGUAUGGCCUCAUGGAGGUGGAGUUUAUGUCGGGCACAGCAGAUGAAGACUUGGUGGCCCGAGUCUUCCGGGUGCAGAACAUCUCUCGGCUGCAGGAGGGGCACCUGCUGGUGCGGCACUUCCAGUUCCUGCGCUGGUCUGCAUACCGGGACACGCCUGACUCCAAGAAGGCCUUCCUGCACCUGCUGGCCGAGGUGGACAAGUGGCAGGCUGAGAGUGGGGACGGGCGCACCAUUGUGCACUGCCUAAAUGGGGGAGGACGCAGCGGUACCUUCUGCGCCUGUGCCACGGUCCUGGAGAUGAUCCGCUGCCACAACCUGGUGGAUGUUUUCUUUGCUGCCAAAACGCUCCGGAACUACAAACCCAAUAUGGUGGAGACCAUGGAUCAGUACCACUUUUGCUAUGAUGUGGCCCUGGAAUACCUGGAGGGACUGGAGUCAAGAUAGCGGGGCCCUGGCCUGGGACACCCACUGCACACUCAGGGCCAGACCCACCAUCCUGGACUGGCAAGAAAGACCAGUGCCUCCUGCCCUGCCCAACCGCACCCCUAUGGGGCAAGCACUGGAGUGGAUGCGGGGCCAUCUUGCUGCCCUUUCCGCUGUGGGCAGGGCCCUUCUCUUUGUUCCAUGGACAGGUCGUGGGCAAAGAAGGAGCUUAGCAAGUCUGCAGCUGAGCCCCAUCUCCACAGGGUCCUGCAGACCUGUGCUGAGAGGCCUGGUGCUGCCUGGCAGAGUGACAAGGGCUCAGAAUGGCUGGCUCUGGGGGACUCAGGCCAUGCCCCUUGGCUCCAUCCUGGCCUUUGGCAGGGAUGAGUGAGGCCCUGCAGAAAGCAUCCCAGGCCAGAGUUCCCACUUAGCCUGCCCCCUCUGCAUGUGGGUAGAGGGUGGCUGGGGCUUGGCAACUAGGAUUCCAUCUGGCCCAGCCCCUGAAGGUCCUGGGGAGGUGGGACUCUGUUCUGAAUAGCCAGCGGGGCACACUGACUGUCUUCUCCGGGGAACUGCCGCGCCCUCCUCCCCACUGCCCCCUGCAGCCCCUGGGGUACUUUGCUCACCAUCCCUCCCCACUUCUGCUUCCCUGACGUGCUCUGAGCUUCCCUGAACCAGGAUCUGCCCAUUCCUACCGUGCCCCACAGGGGCUCCUUCCCUGCCUGACCCAGUGUUGCAGAAUGAAGUCACCUCGCCCCCCUCUUCCUGUCAUCUUCAGGCCUCACUGGCCUGUCCUGCUCAGCUUGGGCCAGUGACAGUCUUCAAGGCUGAACAACCACCCCCGGGUUUGAGGUCCCUGUGGCUCCUGGUCAGGCUGCCAUUGUGGGGAGGGGCAGUGUCAGAGCAGGGCUGGUCGGACCCCCUGGAGUUGAGAGGAUGAAGGAGGAUCAGUGCUUUUUUGUUUCUUUUGUUAUUUUUGGAUGGGUGGGUGGGAAGGUCUCUUUAAAAUGGGGCAGGCCACACCCCCAUUCCGUGCCUCAAUUUCCCCAUCUGUAAACUGUAGAUAUGACUACUGACCUACCUCGCAGGGGGCUGUGGGGAGGCAUAUGCUGAUGUUUGUAAAGCGCUUUGUAAAUAAACAUGCUCUCUGAAUGCCAC